AUGGCGGCCGACUUGUCUGCCCUCUUGACCGCGUCGAAGGCUCUCACGUCGCAUCUCGCGCGGCCAGACCUCCCGUCUGUCCACCUCUCUCUGGAUCAGAUUGAAGCCCAAUCACGACGUCUUGUCUCUCGCCAACCAGGAACGUCGACAGACAAUGAUCGCGCAAAUUACCUCCUUGCCCAGGCACGCGUCGAUGCACCAGGUCUCGCGAGCUCUAUAGCGCACCUCAACACUACGACGACCUUCACCCCACUCCAGGCGCUCCAGGACACGGAUGUGGCGGGCUACCUCCGACAUGCUCAUGAGCAGAACCUCAUCUCCACGAUUGAGGAAGGGAGAAAGGAGACGCAGGAGGAGUUUUACCGCGUGCUGGAGGAUAGGCAGCAGCGCGACUGGGAAGCAAGGAAGAAGCGGGUAUUCGAGCAGCUCGGUGGCCGGGUGGGCGGGGAGAACUUGGCAGUGGCGGAGCUGAAGAAGAGUAUGCACGGGAAGAGCUUGUUGUCGACGAGUGUUGGCCCCGCUCCGAGCUUGCAGAUGCAGGGCAAGAUGAUGGCAUACGCUCGUGCUGUAUCCGAGCUCAACACUGCAAGGCUACGUGGGACAUCCUAUCCCAUCAUUCACGCCCUCUUCUCCUCUUCUGUUACCGUGAACAACGAUCCCCGCUCCUUCCAGCUCUCCCAAAACUUCCACGUCCUAUCCAAAAUCACCGCCGAGCCACCCGCGCUACCGCCACUUGAACACGCCGGCGCGCAUAUACUCAAUGCACCGCUUUUCGAACGCAAGUACGCGCGGGUAUAUCUUGGUGACCCCGAAUCGCGCGAAGCUGUCGAGCUGCGCAAGCAGAUCGCGCGCGGUGCUAGAGAGGCGUUGGAGGAGCAAUAUUGGGACGUCCUGGACAGGACAUUGCAGGCUCGUCCCAUCGAAGCGAGGCUGGGUGGCGAUCCGAGCAUAUCGAACAAGGUUCGCGCGUUCGUGCUCGUCAGGCAUUACCGGAAUGGCGAAUGGGAGGACCGGAUUGAGUUGAUUGCGGGUCAACCGGUCUGGGCGAAGCUGUUCUACCUUGUGCGUACAGGGAACCCACAAGACGCGUUGGCCGAAGCUCUGCGCUACCAACAGGCUAUUGAGCACCGUGAAGCAGGCUUCAUAAGCCACUUCCGGGCAUGGCUCGACUCGCUGGACCGAAAACUGCCGAAACCACAUCGAGACCAAGUACACGCGGCGUUCAACGCGCACAUGCUGCACUCAUCCACUGCGGACCCGUUCAAGCUCGCGCUCUACAAGUUGAUGGGCAAGAUCGACCCGGCACGGAGAAGCGUGCAGAACGUCACUGUCACGACGGAGGACUGGCUCUGGUUCCAGCUGUCCAUGGUUGACGAAGAGGAGCACGGUGGUUUGCGCGGGCUCUCGGAGGUGCUCCUGAGCUACGGGGAGCGCCAUUUUGAUGGCGUACCUGGACAGAACGGUGCUAGGCGAGGUGUAUGGGCUGGCGUGUUGCUGAUGUGCGGUCAAUUUGAGAGGGCCGUCGCUGCAUUGUGGGAUCAUCAAGAGACAGAGGUAGAAGCUGUUCAUCUUGCCAUUGCUCUGGCAUACCAUGGGCUUCUACGUGUCCCCUCGCGAGCCGAAACGUCUGACAUGACUCCCUUGUCCCUUUCCCCGACGUCACCACCAGCCUUAAGCCUUUCGACGCUGAUUUGGCGGUAUGUGCGCACUUUCGUGAAGAUGGACGCACGGGAAGCAUUGCAAUACGUCUACUGUGUCAGCCUCAGCGCAGACCAGAGCGGCGGUGUUGGCAAGGAACAGCUGGAAGCUGCGUGGGAGCUCGUUCGCCGCAUCAUCGUCCUCGCAAACACCGGUGCUGCAUGGGAAGAGCUCGUCGGCGGGUUCCGUCCCGACGGCACACGUUUCAGCGGGCUUAUCGAGCAGGGCGCACCCCUUCUCAAGCUCGAGAGCAGCCAAGAGUAUAACGAGCAGGUCCUCGUGCGCGCGGCGAAGCACUCGGAGGAGAACGACCGCGUGCCGGAGGCGAUCAAGCUGUACAACCUCGCUGGCGACUACACGAUCGUCAUCGCGUGCCUCGCGCAGGCACUGGGCAACACCAUCGGCCAGCCGAGCGGCGAUGAGAAGGCGCGCGCAAUCGAGCGGACGGCGGCGGAUAUCCUGAGGCAUUACGAGCGUACGAACAGGGCGGUUGGGAAGGAGAGGGAUGCGGUGAUCAGGCUGCUGAGGGUAAGGGAAGCGAUGGAGGCGAAGGAGAAUGGGAGGGUCGAAUUCGCUCUGGAGGUCAUGGAGUCGAUAGACCUCAUACCUAUGGACGGGGACGUCGCCAAAAUCCAGCGACGUGCGGAAGAGUUCCGCGACCUCCCAGAGGCACUCCAAAGGAAUCUGCAAACCUUCCUCACUCUCACCAUGGACACACUGGCCAGCGUCCACCAAAAGGUCAAGGCCUCGCUCAUGGCCGAGGCGAGUCGCCAAGUGACCCUCGCUGCUCUGCGGAAGAAGUCGCGAUCACUCAUGAUCUUUGCGGGCACGCUGAAAUAUCGGCUGUCCCCCGACGUGUAUUCGUAUCUGGCGCGGUUGGACGUCGAGAUUGCUCUCUAG